AUGCGCACCUCACUUCAACAGUUUACCUCGGACAGAGGGGUGCCGGAAUGGGGAUCAUCUAUUCCGGAUGAGAAGGAAUUUUUGUCAAACGCUGGCUGGAAGACAGAGCAUGGGAGAUUUUUCCUGGAAUGGUACUCUGAUAUUCUUGUGUCCCAUGCAGAAUGCAUUUUGAGGCAAGCCGAACAGUGUCUGUCUCAUGUUGGAAUUUCAGCAAAAGUGGCCAAAAACCUGUAUCAGGAAUAUUAUAAGUUUGAGGCACCGUUGUUUACUUGGACUGCUGGGUAUUACUGCAUCCCCCUUCGUAACAUGUACACCCGGAUUGCUGUUGUAUUUGGCUGCUACGUUAUAAAUCUGUGCUGCCCGGACUGUGGUUUGGAGGAUGACAGGGUCGAAAAAGUCUUGGGACUGUGGUUUGGAAUGUCGAUGGGUGAGAGUACAAGAGUUUCAAGUACAACAAUAAUGGCAGGUGAAAUAUCGAUGCCCGGAUCGGAAAGUUUUGAUGAAGUACUGGGUGUGAGACUUGCAAGACUGUACAACUUUCUGCACCACUUCAAGACUGCACUUGGACUUUCUGUAACCGUGAAACUGUCAUUCAACUUCAGGGUAAGCAGGAUUGAAGACUUUAACGUGGCUGAGUACAGGAAGUUUCUUCGCAGCUUUUAUGCUGGUAUACUGGGCUGA